UGUAUGUAUGUAUUAUUUCCUUCAGCUUCAAGCAUUGACCGACACGACGCAAACGAUAAAUAAAAUACAGAUCAGAACUAAUUCAGGUUCCACCAGAUCUGAGAAUCGAAUUCCCUCUUUCUUAGAUCCAUGGCUACUCGCUUCACCCUCUUCUCCCUUUUCACUUCUCUUCUACUCUCCCUCUCCCUUGCUGAGAUCCGUUUCUCCGAUAUCCGAUCCGAUGACCGUCAAAUCAUCCCUUUCGACGAAUUCGGGUUCACCCACUUCGGCCGACUCGAACUCAACGUCACAAACAUCCGCCUCUCUAACCCUAACCCCGAUCUCGACCGAUCCAAAAUCGGGUUCUUUCUCUGCACUCGUGAUUCCUGGCUUCACGUUAUUAACCAACUUGAAGAUGGUGAAAUCACGUGCGCUCUCCAAUCGGAUCUUAUCAAGCCCGUUUUCACUUUCAACGACCUCAAGAAAGGCCAUGACAACCACUCCAAGAUUGUAACUCAAAACGACGCCGAUCAGUACACGCUUGUGUUCGCCAAUUGCUUGACGUCGUUGAAAGUCUCCAUGGACGUCAAGUCGGUCAUGUAUAAUCUCGAUCGAGGCGGUAAAGUUCGUGACUAUUUGUCGGCGGGAAAAACUAUUUUGCCGCGGGUUUAUUACUUAUUGUCGCUGAUUUAUUUCGGUUUAGUUGGUGUUUGGAUUUAUGUUUUAUAUAGGAAACGGCUUACUGUCUAUCGAAUUCAUUUCUUCAUGCUUGCUGUGGUAAUCUUAAAGACAGUGAAUUUGUUAUGCGAAGCUGAGGAUAAGAGUUACAUUAAGAGAACGGGUUAUGCCCAUGGAUGGGAUGUUUUGUUUUACAUUUUCAGUUUUUUGAAGGGGAUUACGUUGUUUACUUUGAUUGUUUUGAUUGGUACUGGGUGGUCGUUUUUGAAACCGUAUUUACAAGAUAAAGAAAAGAAGGUUUUGAUGAUUGUGAUUCCAUUACAAGUUGUUGCCAAUAUUGCCCAAGUUGUUAUUGAUGAGACUGGACCAUAUGGGCAGGAUUGGAUUACAUGGAAACAAGUGUUCUUGCUGGUUGAUGUUGUUUGUUGUUGCGCUGUUUUGUUUCCGAUUGUUUGGUCCAUUAAGAAUUUGAGGGAGGCUGCAAGGACGGAUGGAAAGGCGGCGGUGAAUUUGAUGAAGCUGACUCUGUUCAGGCAGUAUUAUAUUGUGGUGAUUUGUUAUAUUUACUUUACAAGGGUUGUGGUUUAUGCGUUGGAGACAAUUACUUCUUAUAAGUAUUUAUGGACGAGCGUGGUGGCUGGAGAAUUGGCUACUUUGGCAUUUUAUGUCUUUACUGGGUAUAAGUUUAAGCCAGAAGCACAUAAUCCUUAUUUUGUUGUGGAUGAUGAAGAGGAAGAGGCUGCAGCUGAGGCUUUGAAGCUAGAAGAUGAGUUUGAGCUGUAACUUUGGAGUUCGAAGAAGAUGGACAUGUCAAGAAUUCGAGGUAGAUACUUGAACAUUGCCACAGUAACUUUGCUUACAUUGGAUGGUUUACUGUGUGGUUUUCUUAAUUUCUUGUUGAUGUGCUUUAUUUUGGUUUUUGGGUUAGUAGAAUAGUUUUAUAAAUUUCAUGUAUCUCCGUGAAAGUGGAUAUUCAACAAUAUGUACAAGCUAUUGAAGUAAAUUGGGCACUGUUUUGACAAUUUUUCAUGUUU